ACCUGUUAUUAGGAUGUUCUUCGGUAUAAAAAGGGGUUGUUAAACGAAGUGAAGACAUCAGUUUUGUUGGGUCGGCACCAACAUGAAGUUGACCAUAGCGCUCGUUUGUUUGGGUUUGGGGGUGGUUUUGAGUAGCCCCGUUGGUGAUGGAAAGCAUUACAAAACAGUCGACCAUGCCUUCCUGGAGAAGCAACAAAAGGUUCUGAGCCUGUUCAAACACAUCCAUCAACACAGUGUCAUUGAGGAGCAUGUGAAAUUGACUCAUGAUGUAACUGAUCCCAUUCAAUGGCUUCAAGUGCAUAAAGGUUCUUUUGAGAAACCCCAAGUGGUUGACACCAUGAUUCAGUUCUUCCAUUACGACUAUAUGGUGCCAAAAGGUCACCCAUUCUCCAUUAUGUAUGACGAGCAUUUAGAACAGGCAAUUGCCUUAUUCAAACUCUUUGAAGAAGCGAAAGAUUUCGAUACUUUCUAUCACACCGCCGUUGUCAUGAAGAAGUUCGUGAACGAGGGCAUGUGGUUGUAUUCUGUAUGUGUAGCAAUUGUACACAGAGACGACACCCACGGAAUUAUUUUACCCCCCAUCUAUGAAGUCUACCCAUGGUUCUUCUACAACACUGACGUAAUCCACGAAGCUUACAAGCAUAAAAUGGCCCAUAAAACCUCCGAAGCUUCUCACGACCAUCACAUUAUAGCCAACUACUCUGGACACUACUUGAACCUCCACUGGGAGCAAGCUCUGUCUUAUUAUACAGAGGACGUUGGACUAAAUGCUUUCUUCCAUCACUUCUACAUCUACUACCCCUUCUGGAUGGACGGAGAGGAGUACCACAUUAAAAACGAUAACAGAGGCAAUUUAUUCUUGGACGUGCUUCAAUCUCUGUUGGCCAGAUAUUACUUAGAACGUUUGUCUCAUGGAGAAGGUCAAAUUCCCAACUUUGACUGGGACGUUGCCUUCGAGACCCCUUACUAUCCAUCCCUUCAGUACCCCAACGGAUUACCUUUCCCUGAGAGGCCUAAGUUUGCCAAUUUACACGAUUAUUUCUACACUUACGGCGAGAGGACCAACUCAAAAUACGCGUACAGUCACAAAUUUAUUGAGACCUUCGAAAGACGGCUGAUGGAUGCUAUUGAUGGAAACUACAUUUAUGAUUUGGAGGAACACAAGCCAGUAUCCAUGUACGAGCCAGAGAAACACAGGGAAUACGUAAACAAAUUUGGUAAUCUUCUUCAGUGCAACCCGGACUCACCUAAUCCUACAUUCUUCUCGAAUUAUACCACUUACGCCACUCACCUUUUGGGCUACUCUUACACUCCUCUUACAUGGAAAAAUGUAGCACCCUCUGCACUGCAACACCCUGCAACGGCCAUGAGAGAUCCUGCAUUCUAUCAAUUGAUUAAAAAGAUGCUGUUAUUCUAUGUACACUUCCAACACAGAUACAUGACCCCAUACCAUAAAGAUCAAUUGGUGUUCCCAGGUGUUAGCAUUGACAAAGUAGAGAUGGACAGGCUGAUUACAUAUUUUGAUGAAUUCUACAGUGACAUCAGCAAUGUGGUUUAUGACAAUGAUGAUGAGUUGAAAAAUGAUGAGUUCAAGAUAUGGGCAGUUCAAAAACGGUUGAACCACAAACCUUUCACCUAUAAAAUCUACGUGAACUCUAAUCAAGACACCCAAGCUAUGGUGAAGGUCUUCUUAGGGCCUAAAUAUGAUGAGUUUGGUAGAUAUAUCAACAUCAGCGAAAACAGACUCAACUUUGUGCCAAUUGAUGCCUUUAAAUGGCACUUGAAAUCUGGACAAAACGUCAUUAAGCGUAGCUCCCAGGAAAGUGAGUUCUUUGCCCAUGACAGGACCACUUACUCAGAAUUGUACAAAAAGGUUAUGACAGCCUACAAGGGUCAAGGUGAAUUCCAUAUUAAUGGUGAAGAAAACUACUUAUAUUUCCCUGACAGGCUAAUGUUGCCAAUGGGAAGCCACAGCGGUACUCCUUAUCAGUUCUACUUCAUCGUUUAUCCGUUCAAAGAAUACUCCGGACACAAGGAGCAUUUGGAGUACUACUAUCCAGCGCCUGGACAAGGUGGUGCCUACGUAGACGAUAUGCCAAUAUUCUAUCCAUUUGAUAAACCAAUCAAGUUUGGAAAGAUGUUUGUAACAGAAGUUCCUAACUCGUGCUUCUACGAGACCAAGAUUUACUUGAGAACCAUGGAUGAGGCUCAAGUACAGCCCAUCACUCAGCACCAACAUUAGUGUUAGCUUUUUAAGUUUUUCCUAUUAUUUAUAUAUGUAACGAUAAAUGUUCGGAUUUGAUGCUGUCUUAAAUAAUUUUUGAAUAAAGUUUCGUUUUUAUUUAAUAAAAAAAAAA